CAAAGGAUUUUAGGGCUAAAAGUAGGUCCUAACUGGCGAAUUUAGGAGUAACUCCUAAAAAUAAUGGGCGUGUCACUCUUAAAUGUAGGACUCCUAACUUUUUUCACUAAGAGCAAUUCACAAAGUAUUUUAGGCCUAAAAGUAGCACCUAAGUCAAGGAGAGCUUAAAAGUCCUCAAGAGGACUCCUAACUCACUAAGACCUAUUCACAAAGAAUCCUAAAAUGGCUGCGAGACGAAAUGCUUUGGAGACAAUGGAAGACCGUGAGUUAAUCAAGAGAUAUAGGCUAAAUCGUGAGGGUAUUCAACUUGUUGUGGACUUAGUGCGGGAUGCAAUAACAUCCCCGACUAACAGGAAUAAUCCCAUUAGUCCCGAAAUAAAAUGUUUAGUAACACUACGUUAUUUAGCAACAGGGAAAAUGCAACUUUGCAAUGCCGACGAUUUAGCAAUAUCACAACCAUCAGUCAGCCGUGCCAUAAACCAAACUAUCAACGCGCUAGCUAGACCACAUAUCAUCCAACAGUUUAUCCGGUUUCCUUUGGACAUUCAACAAUUACACAGGAUCAAAGCCAACUUCAUGGCGAUUGCAGGUAUGCCCGGUGUGGUCGGUGCUAUUGACGGGACGCACAUAAAAAUAAUUGCUCCAUCAAAAGAUGAGGACGUGUUCGUCAAUAGGAAGAAAGUGCAUUCCAUCAACACGCAGGUUGUUUUUGAUGCAAAUUUCAACAUACUGGAUGUUGUUGCAAAGUGGCCUGGAGCUACCCAUGAUUCGCGCAUUUUAAUGGAGAGCGGUCUGAGGCAGCUUUUUGAGAGGCACCAUGUACCAGUUGGGUGUCACUUGCUGGGUGACAGUGGCUAUCCCUGCAAGACGUGGCUUUUGACACCCUACCUCAAUCCACAACCGGGAGCACAGCUAAAGUAUAACAUAGCACACAAACAUACACGAAAUGUUGUGGAGAGAGGAAUUGGGCAGAUGAAACGUCGGUUUCAUGUACUCCACGGCGAAAUACGCCUCACCCCAGAGAGGGCAAGCACAGUCAUCACUGUAUGA